AUGGAUAGUUUCUCCGCUCUCUCUCUCUCUCUCUCUCUCUCUCUCUCUCACUUCUAUUCUCUCUGCUUCAAUGGAAGAAACCGCCUCUGGCCCCUCUCGCGUCACAAACCCGGCUCCCUCAGGCACUCAAGCGCCACCUCCUGCUGGUCCAUCCCUUUAUCCUUCAUCCCUCAGGCACUCGGCGAUUAUCAGGCUCAGCUUAGUUCUUCGAUAUUUGAUACUCCGAUUAGUGUGUACAAAGGGUACUCUUUGCCUAAGGACACUGAAGAGUAUCUUGGUUCAUGUGGACUUACGAAUGCCAUUUACACAAUCGCGGCUGCAGAUUUGAAGGACGAUAUUUUUGGCAAGUUUAUGCAUUGCCCUUUUCAAGAUCCAGCAUCUUUGCAAGGUGGAGCAACUGUCACGGAUGCGCUCAAAAGGAGAUCCCAUGAAGUGCCUGCAUCAGAUAAUUUGGCAUUAAUAUUGCAGGGUGAAGAAAUUAUACCAGUGGUUCCAUGGGAUGAGUGGUGAGCACUGGCACUCAAGGAUAGUUCUAAUCCACAAAUAGCCUUGCUUCCCUUGCAUCCAGAGUUGCGUGCGAAUUUCAAUUCUAUGGAAGCAUGGGAAUAUGCUCAGAGUAUGUCAGACUGCUGAAGAAGUGAGUUUUGCUGCAAAUGGAAUAACUUUAACUGGAAUGAAAGCCUUUGAUGGUGUUCUUCAAUCUAACAUUAUGUUAAAGACUCUUAAUCUUUCUGGAAACCCCAUUGGGGAUGAAGGCGUUAAGUGCCUAUGUGAUAUAUUGGUGAAUAAUAAUGGUAUUCAAAAGCUCCAGCUCAACAGUACUGACUUAGGGGAUGAAGUUAGCUUACUUCUUUCUGUCAAAGCUAGUGCCCUGAUGAGUACAGACACAUGCCUUCAAAAUAUGCAAGAGGAAAGGAUCGUCCAUGAAUGAUAUGCCUAAAGGACCCUUCACCAUUGGCAAUAUGACUCCUCUAGGUAGAUGUCUCUGUUAUUUGCUAAAAUCUAAUGUGUUUGCUCCCACCAACAAAUCAAGAAUGCCAAAAUCCCUUGUUGGCAUGGCUUAUCUCAUGAUUUCCUCUAAUCCUGUGCCCAUCAGUCGGCUCACUUUUUACAGUAUCUUACAUGCCGGAGUACAAAACAAGGAUGACAAAUCCACUUGGCUUGUGUUUCCCUCCUUGAUUACUUCUCUUGCCCUUCAAGAAGGUUGUCCUGUGUUCUUCUCUGACUCCAGACACCUUCCUCUCACUGUGGAUGCAACCACUUUCAAACGCAGUGAUGCUGCCUCUACGAGAUCAAAAAAUCUUCCUCCUACUGCUCCCUCAUCCAGUUCCUCCUCUGAAACUGCAGUUCUUGCACUGCAAUCUAAACUGGACACCAUGCAUGAACUGUUAAAAGAGAUGUCUAAUGCCCCAUUUCUGCCAACCAAGCUUCUAUCAUUGCCAUUCAAAACUUGUUGGUCUCUCACGGUAUCUCUGGUGCAUCUCCCUCUUCAAAAACUGCCGUUUCUUCUGCUUCUCCACUUAACUCCUCUGAUCCUAACAACUUUGCUGCAGAAGCCCAUGCUGACUCUGUCUCGGAUGAGGUUUUCAUUAGCACGCUUCUCAAAUCUCACAAGCGAAAAACUGCUGAAGUCCCUUGUGCCUCUGUUAAUCCCUCACCAAAUCCUGUCGCUUCUCCAGUCAUUCCUAUCGAGAGGAGAAAGCUUCCUGCUAGGAAACGUCGGAUCUAAUACUAAGGGGGAGCUAUGAGCACCUGCUGAGGGGGAGCUGCUGUCAUUUUGUGUGUUUCUGUUUUUUUUUCUUUUUCUUCUGUUUUUGCUGUUCUAGUUUGGUCUGUGAUCCCUUUGUCUUUUCUAAGACAAAAAGGGGGAGAAUUUUGGGGACAAUUCCAAUUCUGUGUUGUCUUUGUAAUUGUGGAUCAGCUGCGGUUUGUGACACACUUUGUUUGCAGGUAAGCCAUUC